GAAAUCAAAGAACAGAGUGAGAGUGACGGCGAGGAAGAAGAAAGAUGUGGUUCGCCGGCGGUGGAGGUGGACUGAGGAAGCUCUGCAGAGCGUCAGCUGUUUUCGAUAAUGAGAUUACAUACAACUCUUUGUUGGUGAGAUACAUGUCGAGAGAACGAGCAGUGAACGUCCGGAAGAUAAACCCUAAAGUUCCGAUCCAAGAAGCUUACGCCAUUUCUAAUUCUCUCUACGAUCUCUUUAAACAACAUGGUCCUCUCUCCGUUCCCAACACUUGGCUCCGCGCUCAGGAAGCUGGGGUUAGUGGACUGAAUAGCAAGACGCACAUGAAGCUAUUGUUGAAAUGGAUGAGAGGGAAAAAGAUGCUCAAGCUAAUCUGCAACCAAGUUGGUUCCUCCAAAAAGUUUUUCCACUCAGUUUUACCUGAAGAUCCUCUACAAGUUCAACCGGCUGCUCCGGUUGAGCACAACAAACAAGCCUUUAAGAAGAAACGAAGCAAAUAAGGAAACUGGAGAGAGCAAAUCUCUGUGGACAAUAUUUUGUUUGUUUCUUUGGGUUUUGUUGUUUCUGUCUCCAAGGGUAUGAAUUGUUUAAAUCUGUUUCUAGUCUGAGAGAAAACAUUUUUAGUUGCUGGUGUAGAAAUUCUUGAGAAAGUCAGGACUUACCUUCCUUCAUCUUUGAAACUCCAUUCCCUUCAAUAAAAGAGGGUCGAUUAC